CGUCUCUUACCAUAUGCAGAAUUUGUUAGACGAAUGAGUCGUGCAAGAACUGAGAAGGGGGCGAGAAAGAUUAUUUCACAGAAAGGAAGUGGAGUUGGAGGUGUCCUUGCCGCUUUACUUACACCAAUAAUUAUAGAACUUGGAAAAAAGAUUAUAAAAACAGAUAUUUAGACAUAUUAAUUUAAUUUAUCGUUAAACUUUAUUAUUGUUACUUUUCAUUUAAAAAAAUUUUUAAUAAAAUAGAAAAAAAUGGCAAAUAAAUUUAUUCUCGUCCCAGAAGAUAUUUAUCGUGGUCUUACAACAAGUGAUUUAGGGGAUCCAAAUCUUGAUUUUACUCGACGUAAUUUAGAAAAAUCCAAAAGAAGGAAAGAAAGUGAAUCAUCUAAAAAUGUUCACUAUAAUCAAGAGUUAAGACGUUAUCUUCAACUGAGAAAUGAGCGGGAAAACAGACCAGUUAAGGUCGAAGUAGUAAAUAAAACAAAUGGAGUCAUUUUACCAAAAAAUAAUUCACGUCCUGCAGCUUAUGUUUCUGCAUCAGCUGGUGAUGAUGACAGAGAUGAUGACGACAAUGACAACUUUUGGAUGGGUGAUAAUUAUUCGUUUUCUUCAUAUCCCAAAGAACCCCCUAAUCAUGCUUAUAAUAUUGUUCCACCACUCUCUUCAUCUUCUGAAGGGUUAGACACAAAACCAUCAACUUCAACUCAGGCUUUAAAAAGAAACGCAGAAGAUAAUUAUGGAGAAGUAUCAAAAAGUAUUAAGAUAAGUAGAGAAACAAAUAAAAAAAAGAAUCGGAGGAAAAUAAAGAAAAAUUCAUCUACCGUAGGGCAAAACUCAAAUAUUACUGUUCCACAAAGACAUCUCCCACCAGUGCCUCUUACAGAUUUACACAGAGAAGAUACGACUAAUUCUGAUCCUUUUAAGAGAAGAAGAAUUGCGGAUAUUAAAAAAGAAAGACAAAAAGAAAUAGAACUGAUUGAUAUAAAAAGAAAAGAAUUGAAGAGAAAAAGUAUUUUAAGAAAAAGUAAAACCCCUAUUGACCAAUGGGCAUUACAAAAUUUACGUCAACAAGAACUAAACGAUAUAAAUCCUAGUACUACUAAUACUACCUCAAGGCGAAGAUCACAAAAAGUUUUAAGAGGCGGAGAAUCACCUCCUCCAGCUACAUGGCGUGAGAAAGUAAAAAGAAAAUUAGAGAUCCCAGAAGGAUCUAAUCUUAUUUCAAAUAAAAGACUGAGAAGACCUGUUACUAAAAAACAAUCGGAAGAAGCAUCAAGAAUUUGGACUAAAAGAUUAAGUGCCGCAGGUCGAAAAAUUAUGAAAAAUAAAUGGGCAAAGCAAAAGCCGACCCAAGAAGAUAUAAAUAAUUUAAAUCCUUAUCGGAUGAGUAAUAUAAAGGGACGAACAAUUCAAAAGAAAGAAUGGGCUACUAAAAAACCUACUCAAUCAGAUAUAAAUAAUUUCAAACCAAGACUUUGGUAA